AUGAAUAUUGAAGAGCAAAACGCCCGUUUCGCUGCUCUCGAUGACAAGAUCAAUGAUCUUGCGGCUCAGCUCACUCAAUUCGCUAAUGAUAUGAGGACCGCGUUAGCAGCGCCGAAUGCUGGUCAAGUCCCACCUCAAGCUAUUCCCGAGCCCGUAGAAGGACCCGCAAGAAGGAAUGUUACUGAGGAGGCAUUGGGUUCUACACCCGUAGUGGUUGAACUAGACCCCAUUUCGAAAGCCGUCACCGCCCGUUUGGAGGAAGAACACAACAAAAGGUUCGCGAAGAUAGAAGAGAAACUCCGUGCGCUACGAGGAUACGAAGAGCAUAUGAUCGAGGAUUUGUCUCGAUAUGCACAGAUGAGCUUUCCUGAGAAGUUCAAGAUUCCUGAUUUCACUAAGUAUGAUGGAACUGGAGAUCCAAAGAUCCACUUGAAGUACUAUUUGAACAGGAUGGCGAGGUAUGCCCAGAAUGUCCCAUUAAUGAUUCAGACUUUCCAAGAGAGUCUGACAGGGCCUGCAUUGCAAUGGUACGUGUUGUCGGAGCCCGAGAAGUUCGAGAAGUGGGAGGAGUUAGCUGAGGCAUUCGUCCUGCAAUACAAGUACAAUACCGAGAUAGCCCCCACACGCGAAGUGUUGACUCGAACUGAAAAGAGAAGAAGUGAAUCCUUGAGCCUUCGCUCAAAGAUGGCGUACUCUCGCCGCUCAAGUUCGACCCCGCUCGGUGAAAAGGAGCUACUUGGAUCUUUUCCUCAAAGCCUUGCCUAA